GGCAGCUCUGUCUGCUCCGAAGGAACAGAGAAAAACUUUUGCUCAGCUGUGGGCAGUGCGGGGGGAAUGCAAACUCGCGGUUCGUCUUCUUUGAGAGGCUUCUCUCGUGCCGAACCUGGCGGGUACGGAGCGCGGCCGCGCCACCGAGCCAUGACGUCCCCCCCAGCCUUUUUUACUGUCAAAACCCAGGAUAAGAUGUCUUGGGAUAUUGAAUAUAUCAACGGGCGUUUAACACCCUGGUGCUCUGUCCACUCAACAGCAGCCUUCAUGAACUCCCAAACAUCUAAAUCGAGGGAGUAUAUCACAUUUGUAAAAAAUCUAUGAAAUUUUGCCUAUCUGAAAACGUCAUAAUAAUCUUCCUUCCAAAAAAUCAAAUCGUGUCCCCAUUUGCACCAGAGUUUAAUAACUUUCUCCUCUGACGCAGUAAACGGAACCUGAGCUUCCGAAGGUACAUUUUCCCAACUUUCCUCCCACCUUUUGCGAAUGGCAGGAUCUUCAGGAAGGGAAAAAAUAACAGUACCUCUAGACAGUAUCCUUGUGGAUCCAGCUGUGCAGCUCUGCUGCUCUGCGGUCUCUGGACACAAUCUCCAGGAAAGUCCAACAGGUUCUCCUGUUCGCCUUGGCUGUGAACUCUGCCCAUCUUCAGGGUCUCGUUUCUUCAGCUCCAGGCUAGAUUCCACGGUCACUCUUGGGGUGACCAUCAGUUUCACACGUCCAGGGGUCACCAAUUCUUGCUUUGACUGCAACCCCUGGUGCGAGGACACGAGGCUUGACUCCACUUUCAUCAGAAGGCUGAUUUAUUAUGAUAUAUAUUAUACUAAAAUGCUACAUUACAACUAUACUAAAAGAACAGAGAGAGAAAGAUCAGAAGGCUACAAAGACAAGAAUAGAACAGGAAUCAAUAACAAAAAUCCUGUGACUGCUCACAGCCUUGGCACAGGUGGCUGUGAUUGGUCACUGAUUGAAAACAAUCCACAUGAACCAAUGGAAGAUUCACCUGUGGCACUCCACAGGAGCAGAUAGUUAUUGUUUACAUUUCUUUCCUGAGGCCCUCAGCUCCUCAGGACAGGAAAAAUCCUAGCAGAGGCUUUUUCACUAAAAAUCCUGGCAACACCAUAUUUUGCCCAUCUAUGGUGAUCCAGCAGAAUGUCAAACCCAAGAGCAAUGCCCCAAGAGCAGAGGUGGUGCUGGGGAAAGGGAGGCAGGGCUUCAAAGUGUCUCAGGAUGGGUCCCCAGCUGGACUUGGCUGUUAUUUCAGCCAGAGCUUGGCCAGUUCUGUGUGAUUCCAGCAACUGAAAGCUUAAGGACAAUGACUCAUCUUUGGGAUUAUGUUUUGCAAUUCCUCCUUCAUCACAGGGACCAUGCUUAGAAGGCCAAGACCCAGCACCAGAAGCCAAGAGAAGAGCCCGGAGUAUGCAGCUCUGACUGGCUAUCCUCUUGCCAAGAGGUUUUCCCUGGCAAGUCCCUCGAUGCUCCUUCCCUCCAAGCCGUUGCCUCCCAUCCAGAGGAGCUCUCCUUCUGCCACGCCAAGCAAGAUGUGCAGCGGAGAGCAGGAGACUGGGAAUGCUGGCAACGGCUGGGAUGAGGAGAGUAGAAAAAGCCAGGAGCUCAGAGCAGAGGGAAAAGGAAGAGAGACCUCCUUGCUGUGCUCCACUGGCGGGGAAAUGAAGAAGAGACAAUUGGGAAAAUCUUUAAUUCCCCGUCUACGCAAGGCAGGAAUUCCCCCUGUGGGCAGUGCUGCUGGGUCUGUGCACAGCUCUCCAAAGAUGGAAUUGCAGGAGUCCCAGGAGAUGAGCGCAAGACCCAGCAGCAGAAGCCAAGAGAAGACCCCAGAGUAUGCAGGCCUCUCACUGAGUCAGGCCAAGGAGACAGAUCAUCCCAGCAGUCCUGGUCUUAGGAGUGACAAGGAGCGGAGGGACAUCUUUGGAAAGACCCGCGCUGAAUUGUGCAGGUUGGCUGAAGAGAACUUAGAGCAGAAGAAAAUGGAGAUUUUGAUGGAAGAGAUGAAGAGGAGACAAAAUGAGAAAUCAUUGCAGCUUCCUCGAGAGACAUUUGAGCCUGGAGAUGCAGCUGAAGCAAGGAACGGAAGAAGAAGGGACUCUUGAACAUCACACUGCUGGCUGAGUCCCAUUCAGAAGUCCUGCUCUGUCGGCUUCGUGAGAUUUGCUUGGCAGUUACCAGAGAGGUGAGAACAUUGCUCUGAAUUGUCCCCCAUACUCGAUACACGGCUUGUAGAGUAGAAUAUGUGCUUGUUCAUCUCCAUGUGUGCUCAGGGACUGCCUUCAUUCUGGUUUUAGACCUUCUAUUUCUAGUGUCUGUCAGCUAUCUGUAGGAUCUGUGUGUACAUGUAGCUGUAUUUACUGGCAGGUCGGGUAUCUGACACUUGUCUGUGAGUGAGGUACCAUUAUAAUGCAAGGCAGAAAAGAGACACUAAUAACAUGAUAUGCCAGAUUCCCAAUCUCUGCCCAAACUGUAAUUGAACACUGCAAAUGAGUCUGUAGACCUGAGCCUGUGUUUUCUGUUUUCUGCCUGGGUGCUUCAACUACAGGUGUUGCUUUUUUGAACAGGAGCAUCUGACUGUUUUAUCUUUAUGCCUUGUGCCUUUAUGGUUUGAAAGCAGCCCUUUCUUUAUUUUGCUUCUAUGUUUUUCAAAUAAAAGGGCCUAAAAUC